AUGAAGAGUUCAAAGCACCAUGUACAAAUGACCAUUCCUCCUUCUCCUCCACUCGUGCACUCUGAACAUUCCUGUCAACAAUCACCACGACCUCAACUACGACCUCAACAACAACAAACGAAUUCUCUUGUGAAAGAGUUCGAUCAAGAGACAUCUCUCUUGAAUGCACUCUCCAAACUGAAUCAUUCCGCAAUAUCCUCCCAAGCAUUUGCUCCUCUGUUUACAAAUGACAUCACAACCUCCACAACUACCACAUCUCCCAUUGUCAUGUUUUCCUAUGAAUGGAUCAUGUCUGAUCCGACAGCACUUGCAUUGUUUGAGACUUAUUUGAAGGAACAUCAAAAUGACGAAUCGUUGCAAUGUGUCAUGCAAUUGAGAACUCUGCAACAAGAGAUUAAGAAAUUAUUAAAAAGAAUUCGAAGAGGUCAAGUGAAAUUGAGUGAUUUUGUGGAUGAAGAGUCUGUCACUUCCUUUUUCACCUUUCUUGAUGCUCAAUCAGAGUCGAAAAAGAAUGUUUCAAACAAGUCAUUACUUCCCAUUACGUUGUUUCAAAGCACUUCUUCGGAGGAGGAUGGACCCAUGACAAUAUCUGAUUCACAAAAUGCAACUUGUCGAAAGCCAGGAAUUCUCAUGAUGAGAAAGUUGUUGACACAAGUGCAAGAUUUGUCAUUGACUUUUUUAAGUGUCAACUCACCAAAAGAGUUGAAUCUUCCACAACAUGUAAGAAACAAAAUAUACAAUGCAGUGGUGGCUUUUUUGGAGAAAGUUCUCAAGAAAAUGUGGCUUGGAUGA